AUAUUCCUUCCCUCGCAUUUCUGUUGCUCUACGCUGCAAAGAAGUAACUUCCUUGGGAUAAGAAAGAGUACGUACCAGAAGAAGGCAAGAAACCCUAGCUUUAUCUCUGGUCGCCACUAAUGGCGACGGCCAAACCGAAAGGUCCGGCUUCCAAUUCUGAUAAGCCUGAUGGGAAGGUUUGGCUCUAUCUGGUUUUGCUCACACUGCAAUAUGGAGCUCAACCUUUGCUUUCGAAACGGUUUAUCAGGAGAGAAGUUAUUGUGACUUCAUCUGUUCUUGCAUGCGAGGCCGCAAAGGUUAUCGGUGCACUAAUUCUCCUAGCUAAAGAGGGCACUUUGUUGAGAAUGUACAAAGAAUGGACUUUGGUUGGUUCAUUGACGGCAUCUGGCCUUCCAGCUGCUAUCUACGCACUGCAGAAUAGUCUGUUGCAGAUUUCUUACAAGAAUCUUGAUUCCCUCACAUUCUCAAUGCUCAACCAGACAAAGCUAUUCUUCACAGCUUUCUUUACGUAUCUGAUAUUGAGGCAGAAGCAGUCAGUCCAACAACUUGGCGCUCUUUUCUUAUUGAUAGUUGCUGCUGUUCUCUUAAGCAUUGGUGAAGGCUCUAGCAGUGGAUCCAGUGGCAAUAACCAUGAUCAGAUUUUGUUUCAUGGAAUUGUCCCUGUCUUGGUUGCUUCUGUACUCUCAGGCCUAGCUUCAGCCCUUUGCCAGUGGGCUUCUCAGGUGAAGAAACACAUUUCAUACUUAAUGACCGUAGAAAUGUCAAUUAUUGGUAGUCUUUGUAUGUUGGCAAGUACCUACAAGUCUCCUGAUGGAGAAGCUAUCAGACGACAUGGGUUUUUUCAUGGCUGGACUCUAUUAACUCUGAUACCAGUUCUAUCCAAUGCUGUUGGUGGGAUCCUUGUUGGACUUGUUACAAGCCAUGCAGGUGGUGUCAAAAAGGGGUUUGUGAUUGUUUCGGCACUAUUAGUGACGGCCUUGCUCCAAUUUAUUUUUGAUGGAAAGCCUCCUUCACUGUACUGCCUUGUGUCUCUGCCACUUGUGAUUACUAGCAUUUCAAUUUACCAGAAAUAUCCUUUUAAGGUCAAGAGGAAGGAAGCUUAGAUGCUCAACCCUCUCCAUGUCAGGUUGGGAGUAUUAUUUUUUUCCUU